AUGCACCCUCUCGCGACGGAGAUCACCGCCGGCAUGACGGCCGGCGCAGCAAAGACGCUGGCGUUCUACCCUCUGGACACACUCGUCACACGCCGAGAGGUGGGGCGGCCGCUCCUUGUGCCUCGCGAGACGCUUGAGGGAGCGAGGCCGGCGGCGAUCCGCGACGUCUACGCUGGGAGUGUGCUGGCAACCCUUGGUAUGCUGCCGUACGCGUUGCUCUUUCACACCGCCUUCUACCUGUGCGAGGCUGCUCUCGCGCGGUUCGCUAUCUCUGCGGCGCUGGUCAAGGCGCGCCCAGAAAGAUCUCACCCGCCUCCCGCCCACCCCCUCUGCCUGUCUGGCGGCUCGCUCUUCGCCGGUGCGCACGGCAGUGAUGAGCCGCGCACAAUGCUAAUCUUCUCUCCGACCGAGGCUCCUCGCCUCGUCCUGGGGAGUGCUGCGCUGGGGCUCGAGGGCGUCGCCGGCCUGUACCGCGGCUUCGGCUCCACGCUCGCUCGCAACGUGCCGUACAACGCGCUCCACUUCGGCCUCUACGCGCUCGCCGCCUCCGCGCUGCGCCCGGCUAGACUGCCAGCGACAGAGGCGCUCUCGGGCGCGCGGCUCCAGAGCCGCUCCCGGCGCGGGCGCGCCGCGGCCGGCGCGCUCACCGCGCUGCUCACGACGCCGCUCGACCUCGUCAACACGCGGCUGCAGACGCAGCGCAUCUUCACCGCCUCGGGCGCUGCGGCGAACCUCUCUGGCGUGGUCGACGCGAUCAGCAGGGUGGCGGCGGAGGAGGGAGGGCCGACGGCUCUCAUGCGCGGCGCCGGCUUGCGGGCGGCGCAGUACGCGCCCUCCGGCCUCCUCUUCUUUUGCGUGUACGAAGCCGUCAAGCGGCGCGCUGCGAGCGGCGGCUUAUGA